AUGAUAUAUCAAGAUGAAUUUUCUAAGGACUCGCCUGAAACAAACAAAUUUGUCAACUCGCCUAAAAAUAGAAGACUAAAAUACCGAGACUUAAGUUUUUCUGACACAAAACAUGAAAAUAGUCCCAAAAGUCAGCAGAGGCUUGACAGUCAUAAAAAAGAUAGAUCACUUUCAUUCGCAAGAGAAAGGCUGACUCCCUUAAAAAUAAAAUUGAAUACCGACUUUUUAGCGAGGAACUCUGAUGAAUUUAUUUAUCAAAGUCAAGUUGAGCCAUUACCCGAAAUAAAUGUUACUCCAAUACGUUGGAGAAAUAAUGAAAGCGCUUUAAUAAAUGAGCGAAGAAAUUCACCAAAAAGCCCGUUAACGGCAGGACCUAUUGAUUUAAAUGAAAAAAAAUUAAUAAAUUUAUUUAAAACAACUCAAGACAAUGGCUUUUCAAGAAUGAAGUCCAGGAAUGAGAAAUUUUCAGCAGAUUAUAAAGCCAAUUACAUAAAACACACUCGAGAACAAGAGAUAAAAAAAAUGAUAAAUAAAACAAAAAAAUCACAAUACGAAGACCAGAUAAAUCUGAAAAUUAAUAAUUUAAAAAAAGAUAACGAGGAGCUACAAAAGGUCAAAUCACCGACAAAUGCAGAAAUUAAUGAAGCUGCUGCAAUAAAAGCUGAAAAAGCUGCCUUAGAAGAUGCAUUAGAAAAACAAAAAAGGGAAAAAGAAAUAAAAAAGCAACAAAAAUUGAAAGAAGAGGAAGAAAUGAUUAAAAAAUGGGCACACGAAAAACUAGCAGAAAAAAAGGCAAAAAAGGAAAAAGAAAAACAGCUUAAAAUGCUUGCGAAUGAGCGGGAAAUUCAGGCUCAAGAAGUCCAGCUGUCGAAAAUGCAAGAAAAAGAAGCAUCAGUUAUAGAAACGAAAAAAAUCCUGAUGAAAACGAUGAAAGAUAUGGAAGAUUUUGAAAUACGCAGACAAGAAUUUUUCAAACGAAAAAAUUUAAUAAGCCCAGAACUCGAUUAA